AUGGCCGAUCUAUCUGCGACCUCAACAUCAUUGAGGCCUUCUUCCUUGGAUGCCUACCUUAAAUCAAAUUCUUCAAGAGAAAGCCAUCACACAUAUUCCAAAUUAUAUGGACGGUAUACCAGAGAAGAGGAAGAACAAGAUAAUGAUGAUAGAUCUGAUAUCGAAUUUGAUGAUGAAGAUGAUCUUGUUGAUGUGACACCGGUAGUUACAAGGACCAAAUAUAAUUCGGGAGCAAGAAUGUCCACGGCAGACUACAGUUUUGACGAUAGCUUUAACGAUGAUGAUUCCCAUAUUGAUGAUACCAACGAUACAAUUGAUGAAUAUGCAGAAUUCAACGACCCUAUUCUUUCUAUCAUAUCCAGUGAUGAUAUUUCUCCCGAAUCUUUAGCUGUUGUGUUGAGAACUUUACCAUUAUCAGAUAAACCACUAGUGAAGUAUAUAAAUAAGGCUUUCAAAGUACUCCAAGAUUUAAAUAACUUGAUCUCAAUGAUAACCACCGGAUGGGAAUUCAUUGCAUUAGAAAAAGAUAUUCAGCGAGCUAUUAGACCGGAUUUCAAUGCUCAAAAUACACCCAAAAAGAAGAAAAAAAACAAAAAGACUAGAGAAAAUAAACAUAAGAAGCACAAUUCAAAGUCUUUAUUUUCAAGUCCUAUUGAUCUUUUGGCCGGUAUGGAGAUUGACGGGGAAGAAGAAGAAGAAGAAGAAGAAAAUGGAUAUGGACACUCAAAAAUAUUUGAUACUCAUGUGGCAAAGACGGUUCUCAAUAAGGCCUUGGAGUUCCACCAAAGUCUUUAUGAACUAAAUGCCAUUAUUCUAGACAUCAAUAGGGUUUUGUCAAAUUUCAGUCCUUUACAAUAUGUCAGUGAUGCAGGUGUACUUCUCACCAAUAUUUCCCUUAAAAUCAUUGAGUUGAAGAACCAACUCAGCGAAAAAAUCAAUGUUUCUUAUUCCCAAUCGAAAUUGAUUAUUAUGGGAUCUGAUUUGGAGGAACUUCUUCAAGACUUUAAUAUGGAUAAUGCUGACGGAAAUGAUGCUGCUAGUAGUAUUAUAGACGCCGACCAUCCUAUUAUUUCAAACGAUUUGGCAGCGACCAUCGAAGGGUAUAAAGAUUUCGUUAUUACAAUUUUGAACCAAUUACACGACGCCCAAGAAACCGAAAUUCCAGAUGAAAUCAAUGAAUGUUUGGCAGUAAUUGGUGAUUUAGAAAAGAUGUUUGAUGCCUUGAUGAAGCAAGUCUAUGAACCAGAAUAUAAAGCAUCCUUUGCUAACACCACAACUGCGGAUGAUGAUGAUGAUGAUAGCUCUAUAGGAAUGGAGUCUGAUGAUCUGUUUGAGCAUAUUCCAAGAACUGAACAUGCCACUCAUACUCGCCAGAAUUCUAAAAACUCUCCUUUCGGAGACCACACCUCGACUCCAAAUGAUAGCCGUCGUCAACCGCAACCUGCAUCUGUCAGAUCAGACUUCUCAAGUCCUGCAAACAGCUCUAAUUUUGAUAAUGAUACCUUAUACGAGUCUGAUCAAGAUCUUCACAACAUUUCUAAUAACGCUAGAAAAUUGAAGAGUCAAGUAAUGAAUAGCAAUUACAAAACGCAUUCCCGAGAACCUUCUACUUUAUCUUCAUCUGCAACUCUCGGCAUGAUGAGUAGAUCGACUUCAAAUAACAAUUUCCGUCACAAUAUCAACAACGCCCAGGGAAGAACCACUUUAACGGAAGAAAUGCCAUUCUUGUUACAAGCUUUUGAUAAUGCCAAGGAAGCAGAACUUGAAUUGAAAUCGCAUAUGUCUAACAAGAAGGCUCACAAAGCUUUAAAUACUUCACCAACAACCACUGAUUUAAAGAAAUCGAGUCCUCCUAGAGAAACAAAUGAAGAAAAUGAACUUAAUGAAGACCAAUAUUUUAACCAAUAUGAUCAUCCAAGCAUGAUUGCCUCAAUCAAUUUGCCUCAACGUGGUUUAGGCUUUGCUGGAGGUGAAAGUUCAACUUCUAGUAUCGCAAAUAAUUUGUAUACUGGCUCAGCUUUCAUUAAAAGACCAGUAUUGUUCAAAACCACCAAUCCUAUCAACGCUUCAAAUCCAUUAGUUAUUAAAGAAGAUAUUCCCGAACCACUGGUUUCUCCAGACACACCUUCUUUAGCUUCCUCAAUAUUUGGUUCGUGGUUUAAGCCGACCGGCAGUGAACCUUCUCCUAGUUCGGCAAUGUCGCAAUCUCUCCCGACAUUACCAUCUAAUCCUGCUCGUCCAGCAUUACCUGCGCCUGUGCCAACCCAGUUUAAGCAGCACAAUUCCAUUUCUACCUCUUCUUUAUUGAUGAGACAAGGUUCAUCUCCGCAAGUUCCUCAAGAAAUCGCUGGACCAUUAGAAUUGACCAUCGAAGACGAUAUUGAUUGA